UAUUACGGUCCUGAGAUUCUCAAUUCUUAUCGUAGAUAUCUAACUAAUAUUAUAAAGGUCAAGAAGGACAUUAUCACAGUUAUAUAUUUUCACUCAACAAAAGAAAAUGGCUCCUCACAUUGAAAGAAUCGCAGAAAAUUUCCAAUUAGGCGAAGGUCCUCAUUGGGAUGGAGACACUCAAAGCCUCUAUUUUGUUGACAUUAAAGGAGAAAGCAUUCAUAGAUACGUGCCUGCUACAAAGAAACUUACUAAAGCUAACAUUGGUACACACGUCUCAUUAAUUAUUCCUGUAGAGGGACAUAAAAAUACAUUUUUAAUCAGUAAAGAACGGCAAUUGUUAGUUGUAACUUGGGAUGGAGAAAGCGACAACAUUACUGUUGUGAAAAAAAUUAACACUGACAACAAUGAGAAAUUCAACGAUGGUAAAUGUGACCCUACAGGCAGAUUAUGGGUAGGCACACUUGCUCCAAGGGAAGGUGGUGCUACGGGUUGUCUUUAUUCUAUUGAAAAAGGCCACGUCACGAAAGUUGCAGAUAAAAUAAUUAUCUCCAAUGGUUUGGCAUUCAACACGGAAAUAAAGAAAAUGUACUACAUUGAUACUCACACCAAAACCGUAGAUGAAUUUGAUUUUGAUGUUGAACGAGGAACAAUUAAAAAUCGUCACCCUAUAUUCACUUUACCAAAGCAUGAUAUUCCUGGUGGGCCUGACGGUAUGACUAUUGACACCGAUGGUAACUUAUGGGUAGCAACAUUUGGGGGUGGUAGAAUCUUUAAAAUAGAUCCCCGGAAACCAGAAACACUUCUGUACACAAUUUCAUUACCAGCUAAACAGAUUACAUCGGUAGCAUUUGGUGGAAGCAAGUUAGAUGAACUAUAUGUUACUACUGCUUGUGUACAGCAUGGCGAUGGCGCAAAACUGUCACCCCCAGAAAAUGGUGGACUUUAUAGAAUCACAGGAUUAGGAGCAAGGGGUUUUCCUGCGAAUAAAUUUAUUAUCUAGUUGAAUACUAUAUACUAUAUGAAAUAAAUAAUGUACACAA